AUGCUCCUCCUCCUCCGUCCACGAUGUCGCUCUCUCCAGUAUCUUCUCCCACGCCACAGCGAGCACCACCCUAAUAGAAGCCACCUCCAGAAGCGAACCCUGCUCACCCUUGCCAUCGAGUCGUCAUGCGACGACACCGCAGUCGCCGUCCUCUCCCAUACGCCGCCCUCCACAACGCUCCUUUUCAACGAGCGUAUAUCCUCCGAUAAUCGCGCCUUCAAGGGCGUGCACCCCGUCAUAAGCGUCCAGGGCCACAACUCGUCCCUCGCGCCGCUCGUCCAGAGGGCGCUCCAGUACCUCCCCGAUGCCUCGCCCUCCACCCCAUCCAUCCGAAUCCCCUCCAACGACGGAGCGCUCCUGAUGAAGCAACGGCCGGACUUUGUGUCCGUGACGAGGGGGCCUGGGAUAAUGGCCAAUCUAGCAGUGGGAUUGAACAUGGCCAAGGGCCUGGCAGUCGGAUGGGACGUGCCGCUCGUGGCUGUCCAUCACAUGCAGGCUCAUGCGCUGACGCCCCGGCUCGUGAGGGCGUUGGAGACCGACGCGGGGAGAUGCAGCGACAGUCCCGGCCCCGAAUUCCCGUUUCUGUCGCUCCUCGUUUCCGGCGGGCACACGCAGCUCGUCCACUCGACAGGGCUGACGGGGCACCGCAUCAUCGCGACGACGGGGGACAUCGCCAUCGGCAACCUCCUCGACCAGACCGCCCGCGUCAUCCUCCCCGCCGACGUCCUCGAUGCCAGCCCAGACGUCAUGUACGGCCGGCUCCUCGAGUCCUUCGCCUUCCCGAACGGCCCGUCCCACGAGCAAUACUCCUUCUUCGAACCGGCCGCGUCCCGCUCCGACGAAAUCAACACCCUCCCUACGGGAUACGCCUGGGAUAUCCCGCUCCCCUUCCGCAACACACGCCGCCUCGCAUACUCCUUCUCCAGCAUCCACACACGGGUCCAUCGCAUCGCCGCCUCCAACCCCAGCAUGCCUCUUGACGAACGUCGCUCUUUGGCUAGGCACACCAUGCGCGCUGCCUUCCAGCAUCUGUGUUCACGGCUGGUUGUCGCUCUCGAAGACAGACCCGAGCUCCGACCGGCCGCAAGGACAAUCGUCGUCUCAGGCGGCGUUGCUUCAAACAAGUUCCUAAUGCAUGUGUUGAAAGAAACCCUCCGCAUCAGGGGGUAUCCGGACACGGAAAUCAUAGCCCCGCCGGUCAAGUUCUGCACGGACAAUGCGGCGAUGAUUGCGUGGACGGGGAUGGAGAUGUUUGAGAGGGGGUGGCGUUCGGAUUUGAGUGUCUUGCCGGUGGGCAAGUGGCCGAUGGAGAUGGACGGUGGUGAUGGAGAUGGGAUAUUGGGUGUCGGGGGUUGGAUAAAGAAGGGGAGAGCGUGGUAA